AUGUUCACAACAAAAAGAUUUUUUUCUCAAACUUGCAGAUACCUUGCACGUUUCAAAGUUUAUGGACCGGAAAAUCCUAACAGAAACAGAGCUUAUGUUGAGUCUUUAGCAGAAUCUCAAGAUGGGACAGCAUUUUUUGCAUGGCAUCCGAAGAAAGAAGUUCCAUAUGAAUUCACGAGGCCGCUUCCAACAAAAAUUGAACAGAAAAGUCAAUCACUAUUGAAAGAACAACAAAUUGAGAAAGCUAAAUUAGCAUGGAAACAUAGCCACCCAGACUUUGCACGAGAAGAAUUAGCUCGACUGACUUUUACCACAAAACAUCGUUGGUAUCCAAGAGCCAGAGAUAAGAAACAUAAUUUUAAGAAAACUCUAAUGGACCGUAAAUAUCUUUAA